CUAAAAACAAUUAAACAGUGUUGUUACGGAAUUCUCUUUGUCGUAGUGGAUUAAACCGAGACAAGGGGAAAAAAAGAUAUAUUUUCAGCUUUUUGAUGAUCUGUCACCAUCACCUGUUGACGGUGUUAAAGAGGACAAUGGUAUCUCUUUUGAUGACACGAUUCCGUUAACUAAGACGGAAAAUGUGGAAAAGAAGAAAGCUAAAAAAUUCCCGUUACUUAAUUGUUGCCAAAGUAGUAUGAUGUCAUCUGGAAGCAGUUCUGGUUUUACUAUGACAAAUCCAAUUAAAAAAUGUACAGUAGAAGUGACACCAAAACCAGGUACAACACUUCACGAAGCUCAUCCCGGUCCAUCAACUGCAGUUCCAUUAACUCGGCCAUCAACUUUGAAUCCGUUAUCUGGUAGCACUAAAUGUACUCUGAUGUAUUCCGGAUCGUCAACGGCAGCAAGGAGAUUGGCUCAACCAGCUUCAUCUUACACUUAUAAACCUGUUUGGAUAGAACCAAUUUACAAAGGAAAACUCACAAAAAAGAAUGAAAAUUUAAGUUCAGCUAAAACAUUUUCGGAGAAUUCAGUCUUUCAAGAAAAAAGUGAUAUUAACUCAGUGAGUGGCGUUCGCAUUGGCCGUCGAGAAUCACUAGACAGUAAAAAAGAUUUUAAGAAAAGUAAGCGACUGGUCGAGAGACGAAAUUCAGCUGAGAAUGAUCCACGUUCUUCACAUACUCUGCCAUCACCAUAUUCCAAGGGACUAAAAAAGCAAUUUAAACAGAUAACAGACGCUCGUGCUGAUGCGGGGACCUACUCAUCUGGUCAUGGAAGCGAUGAAAAUGGUUCUGUGUACUGUAGGCCACUGAUUACAUUGCUUUCUCCGCGGACCAACCGACCAAGAAAUCGCGAGAGCUUUUCUGCAAGUAGUGGAUACGAAAGCGCUUCAGGAGAAAGUAAAAAUUAUGGUUGGUUUUUCCCAAGAAUUAGCAUCGUAGAAAUGAUGAAAAGGUUUUGUAGUAAAGAACUGUUCUUUUUAGCUGCUACGUCAAGAAGAAGGCUAUUAGAAACAAAGCGAUAUAAACCACCAGAUGAGACAAAUAGUGUAAUGGAAAAACGGAUUAACGGGCUGAUUCAGAGACAAAAAUUUUUACGAGAAGAACUUCGAGAAGCUAAACGAGUUUUGGGUUUAAAUGAAGAUCAUUUUAUAUCGGCAACUUCAACUACCUUGCAGGGGAAGACAUUAUAUGAAGCUCUUGCACAAGAAACAAAAAUUUUGGAGAAAAGGCUGAUAGCGUGUAGGAAUCAUGCGAUGAUAGUAACAUGUCUUCUGUGA